AUGGAUUGCUUCUUUCGCCGCUUUCGCCGUAGUCGCCUACUUGCUGAAAGCACAAAUGGAAUGGUUGAUCAUUCAUUGUAUGAAUUCAUAAUUCAUGAAAUGAACCCCCGGAUGAAGAGACAUUAUCCCCUCCCUAUUACUAAACCAUGGGGAGCCCCGACUAGUUUACCGGGCAAAUUGAGUUGUCGUGACGAUACCUUACUUAGUGGAAGAUCGGAAAAGACUUCUUAUCUGACCCCUGACAGGUCAGAUCUCAGGACCCUAAGCAAAAGGGACGACGAAUCCUUCAAAGCGUAA